GACCUGUGUCCCUCCACUGUGCCAGGCCAGGCCCCAUGCUGCUUUGCAGGCUUCUGCUGUUUUUUGUUCCCUGUGUUGGGCAAACUGUCUGGCUGUACCUCCAAGCCUGGCCAGACCCCGUGUUUGAGGGGGACCCCCUGACUCUGCGCUGUCACGGAUGGAAGAACACGGCCCUGUCCCGGGUGAGGUUCUACAAAGACGGAAAAUCGCUCCAAAUCCCGAAGACCAGAUGGUCCCUGUCCAUGGGGACAGCUACACUGGAAAGCAGCGGCCAGUACAGUUGCUCUGGGAAGGUGGGCUACAUCCCACAGCUGGGCACACAAACCUCAGAGACGGUUGUGGUUCAAGUCCGAGAGCUCUUCCCGCCUCCUGUGCUGAGCGCUGUCCCCUCCCCCGAGCUCCGUGAGGGGAACCUGCUGACCCUGCGCUGCCAGACGAAGCUGCCCCCACAGAAGUCGGCCUUGAGGCUCCUCUUCUCCUUCUACAAAGAUGGCAGCACCUUGCAGGACUGGGGCCCCCACCCCGAGCUCAGCCUCCCAGGAGCCCAGGAGGGAGACUCUGGGCUUUACUGGUGCUGGGCCGCCCCUGAGGGUGGAGUGCCCCAGAAGCAGAGCCCCCCGCUGGGGGUCAGGGUGCAGGCUCCUGUGUCCCAGCCUCUACUCACCCUGAGACCCAGCCCCACCGGCCUGGCAGUGGGGGCCAUGGUGGAGCUCUUCUGUGAGACCCAGAAGGGCUCCCCUCCAAUCCUGUACUCAUUCUACCUGGACGGGAGGAUCCUAGGGAACAUCUCCUCUCCCUAUGGAAGAGCCACCUCCUUCCCCGUCACCGUGAUGUCAGAGCAGGAUGCCAGAUACUCCUGCCGGGCUGAGAACUGCGUCUCUGGAGAGACAAGUGAGCCCAAGAUACUCUCCCUGGAAGGCCUGUCUGCCCCCAUCAGCCACCACUGGCUGGUCCCUGGGCUGUCCACGAGCCUGUUUGGCAUACUGGUCAUCGCCACUGCACUUCUGGCUUACUUCAGACCCUGGAGAAAACCUGGGCCCCUUCCAUCUCAGAAUCUGCCCCUGGCCCCAGGUGGAGAGCAGGACUCACUGUAUGAUGAAGUUCAUCAGCAGAAUGAGAAUGAAGAAGAUGGUGAUUACUCUGCAGUAUACACAAUCCCACAGGAGAGUAAAGCCCGGCCUGCUGCCUCAGCCGCGGGGACUCAGGACAUUUCUAUCAUUUACGCGGAGGUGAAACACUCGCGGCCUGGUGAGCUUCCAGCCAGGAAACCGAAUCCAAGAAGCAGGACCCACAGAGUUCUCCCUGGUUACUCCGAGGAGGUCCUCCACUACUGAUGGCAUUCCCCCCAACACCACCCACCAGUGGCCCCCAGUGCUCCCCAGGAGGCCAGCGGGGACCCCAGCCGCUUCUGGAGAUCUCCAGUCCCUGAGCCCUGUGUCCUGGCCAGGGUCCCCAGGACACUCGAGGAGCCCCUAAAUGGUCCCUGGGCAGAACAGGGGAUGGGACACGGGAGCCACAGAUGUUUUCUUUCACACGAGUGGAAGGAUUGGAACCCACGUGCAACCCGCCUCUGUCCACACCCCAUCCAGGCUCCAACAUUACCCAAGUUUAUGGAGCUGACGCUUGCCCCAAGUCCCCAUGCGUGGAGUGCAGCAGAAAACCUGUUACCCCUCGUGUUUACAAGAUGCGUGCUUGUAGAACGUAUUUGUUCGUAGAAGCAUAUCUAUCAUUCACCCAUACCUGUCGCCUGCAGUGCCCGAUGGCUCGGUUUGGUCUGGUUUGUGGAGUCCACACUCCUUGAUGCUGAGAGCUUCGUACUAGUAACUAGGAUGAUCAGUGGUCCCUGCUUUUUCUCCGAGCCUCAGUUCCCUCCAGGCCCCUGCUCGGGGAUCACCGGGUGAGGUCCCCGCUGGACUUCACUGAGCCGCCCGCCUCUCCUGGGAAGAGGUCACGUUCUCAGAGAGCUCCGGCCAGGGGCACACAGAGCUGGACAUGGUCAGGGUUCAGCCAUGAGUUUAAUAGAAAUGUAGCCACUCAGAGGCGACCCGGAAUCUGCUGAAUCUUAGUUUGCAUUUAAAUAAGAUCUGUAGGUGACUCAUAAGCAUCUGAAAGUCUAGAAAGCCUGGGCCACCUCGAAGCAAAUUUCAUGGGAACACCUCUGUCCACUCGCCUUGUGGAGCGUCACUGGCUAAGACCGGAGGGCCCAGAGGGUGACUCGGCCAGCCGUGCUAGCGUUUCUCCCUUCCCUGUGCCUUCCCUUCCUUCUCUUCCCCUACCUGACCUUCCUCUUCCCCAGCCCCUUCCUCCUGCUCCCCCUGUCUCAUCCCUGCUCCAAUCCGCGUCCAGAAUACACCGGGGCCCCGCCCCCUCGCCUCCUGUCUGCUGAGCCCAGAAACACGUGCCAGGUCAUCUAGGAGCCCACGGUCCUCGCUGGUCAAUCAGGAAGUACCCGUAGAAGCCAAGCCUUGCCUCGCCCUCUAUAAACGGGCCGCGCCCCUUGUAAAGAGCCCAGUCCAAGACAGGACAGCUCAUGAAGGAGACACUGAGGCCAGGGACCCGGAAGGAGCCGGCCUGCCGGUCAUCCGCACGGACCGCCUCCUGCUCUCUUCUCUACACCAGCCACAUGGGACGGUGCUUACCAGUCCAGGACCGGAUGCGUGGGACAAUGACAUGCAAGAACUUAGACACUUAUGAGCAAUCUGACCCCGUAAUUCUGUUUGUUUAAUAUAAUCAGAAAAAAUAGGGCUUAUGUUUUGCAUGUUUCUUUUUCUUUCUUUUUUUAAUAA